CCUUUCUCCUUCCUCCCCUCCUCGGCCCACCCUCUCCUUUUUCACCUGUCCUUUCUCCCUGCUCCUGAGGAGCCCCCGUUUUGGAUUAGUUGGGGCCACCACCGGAGGUGGGGGAGGGGGCCCUGUGGACUGCCCUCUCCCCCCCUCCCUGCCCCAGCCACACCACCGCCCAGUGCCAGAGCAUCUCCCCGCUGUCAUUUCUCGGGCCUCGAGGGAGCCCUGCCCUCCGUCCCACCAGGAUCCGUGGCGAGUGGGGGCCGCGGCAGCUGCGUCCCCAUGAGGAGGGGAGGAAGAUGCCGGCUGAGCUGCUGCUGCUGCUGAUUGUCGCCUUUGCCAGCCCCAGCUGCCAGGUGCUCUCAUCACUGCGCAUGGCUGCAAUCCUGGAUGAUCAGACGGUGUGUGGCCGUGGUGAGCGUCUGGCCCUGGCCCUGGCCCGGGAGCAGAUCAACGGGAUCAUCGAGGUCCCAGCCAAGGCCCGAGUGGAAGUGGACAUCUUUGAGCUGCAGCGGGACAGCCAGUACGAGACCACGGACACCAUGUGUCAGAUCCUGCCUAAGGGGGUCGUGUCUGUCCUGGGGCCUUCCUCCAGCCCUGCAUCUGCUUCCACCGUGAGCCAUAUCUGUGGGGAGAAGGAGAUCCCCCACAUCAAGGUGGGUCCCGAGGAGACGCCUCGCCUCCAGUACCUUCGUUUUGCAUCUGUCAGCCUGUACCCCAGUAACGAGGAUGUCAGCCUGGCGGUCUCCCGAAUCCUCAAGUCCUUCAACUACCCCUCGGCCAGCCUCAUCUGCGCCAAGGCCGAGUGCCUGUUGCGGUUGGAGGAGCUGGUUCGAGGCUUCCUCAUCUCCAAGGAGACGCUGUCAGUGAGGAUGCUGGAUGACAGCCGGGACCCCACGCCGCUGCUCAAGGAGAUCCGUGAUGACAAGGUGUCCACCAUUAUCAUCGACGCCAAUGCCUCCAUCUCCCACCUCAUCCUCCGUAAGGCCUCAGAGCUAGGCAUGAUCUCAGCAUUUUACAAGUACAUCCUCACCACCAUGGACUUCCCCAUCCUGCACCUGGACGGGAUCGUGGAGGACUCCUCCAACAUCCUGGGCUUCUCCAUGUUCAACACCUCGCACCCCUUCUACCCGGAGUUUGUGCGCAGCCUCAACAUGUCCUGGAGAGAGAACUGCGAAGCCAGCACCUACCCGGGCCCUGCGCUGUCGGCUGCCCUGAUGUUUGAUGCCGUGCAUGUGGUGGUGAGUGCCGUCCGGGAGCUGAACCGCAGCCAGGAGAUCGGUGUGAAGCCACUGGCCUGUACGUCGGCCAACAUUUGGCCCCACGGGACCAGCCUCAUGAACUACCUGCGCAUGGUAGAGUAUGACGGGCUGACCGGGCGGGUCGAAUUCAACAGCAAAGGGCAAAGGACCAACUACACCCUGCGUAUCCUAGAGAAGUCCCGGCAGGGCCACCGUGAGAUCGGGGUGUGGUACUCUAACCGGACCCUGGCCAUGAACGCCACCACCCUGGACAUCAACCUGUCGCAGACGCUGGCCAACAAGACGCUGGUGGUCACGACCAUUUUGGAAAACCCAUACGUCAUGCGCCGGCCCAACUUCCAGGCCCUGUCGGGAAAUGAGCGCUUUGAGGGCUUCUGCGUGGACAUGCUGCGGGAGCUGGCUGAGCUGCUGCGCUUCCGCUACCGCCUGCGGCUGGUGGAGGACGGGCUGUACGGGGCACCCGAGCCCAACGGCUCCUGGACGGGCAUGGUCGGCGAGCUCAUCAACCGGAAGGCAGACCUGGCUGUGGCUGCAUUCACCAUCACAGCAGAGCGGGAAAAGGUCAUCGACUUCUCCAAACCCUUCAUGACCCUGGGGAUCAGCAUCCUCUACCGAGUGCACAUGGGGCGCAAGCCUGGCUACUUCUCCUUCCUGGACCCCUUCUCCCCUGCUGUGUGGCUCUUCAUGCUUCUUGCCUACCUGGCCGUCAGCUGUAUCCUGUUCCUGGCUGCCAGGCUGAGCCCCUACGAGUGGUAUAACCCACACCCAUGCCUGCGGGCGCGCCCCCACAUCCUAGAGAACCAGUACACGCUGGGCAACAGCCUCUGGUUCCCCGUCGGGGGCUUCAUGCAGCAGGGCUCGGAGAUCAUGCCCCGGGCGCUGUCCACUCGCUGCGUCAGCGGAGUCUGGUGGGCCUUCACCUUGAUCAUCAUCUCCUCCUACACCGCCAACCUGGCCGCCUUCCUCACCGUGCAGCGCAUGGAGGUGCCUGUGGAGUCGGCUGAUGACCUGGCAGACCAGACCAACAUUGAGUAUGGCACCAUCCACGCUGGCUCCACCAUGACCUUCUUCCAGAAUUCACGGUACCAGACGUACCAGCGCAUGUGGAACUACAUGCAGUCGAAGCAGCCCAGCGUGUUUGUCAAGAGCACAGAGGAGGGCAUCGCCCGCGUCCUCAACUCUCGCUAUGCCUUCCUGCUCGAGUCCACCAUGAAUGAGUACCACCGGCGCCUCAACUGCAACCUCACCCAGAUUGGGGGCCUCCUUGACACCAAGGGCUACGGCAUCGGCAUGCCCCUGGGCUCGCCGUUCCGGGACGAGAUCACACUGGCCAUCCUGCAGCUCCAAGAGAACAACCGGCUGGAGAUCCUGAAGCGCAAGUGGUGGGAGGGGAGCCGGUGUCCCAAGGAGGAGGACCGUCGCGCUAAAGGUCUGGGCAUGGAGAACAUUGGCGGCAUUUUUGUUGUGCUUAUCUGUGGCCUCAUCAUUGCUGUCUUCGUGGCCGUCAUGGAGUUUAUAUGGUCCACGCGGAGGUCAGCAGAGUCCGAAGAGGUGAGGAGGUUGGCAAAGGGUGUGGGGUAGCAGUGGCGUCCAGGUUGGAGGGGCAUGAAGACUGUAGCACUGGGGGCCACACUGGAGGGAAACAG